GAAUAAUUUAGUCAUUUUAAUUUAAAAUUGUUAAUUUUUUUAACGAUGUGGUAUGAUAUAUCCAUACAUAUGCAAAAAUAAGGAUAAAAAAAGUGUAGAAUAGCAAAACAAGUAUUUUAUGAGGAUACACAUGCAAAUAUUAAUUUAGAAGAAUAUUCAUGCAAAAUUUGACAUUAGGGGGGUGUUUAUGUAAAAAAAUCCUUUUCUUUACCGGUGAGAAAAAAAAAAACCAUGCGUGGACCGUCGUAGAUCGAACCGUACGGUCCUUCACCGGUCCGGUCCUCAACCCAUCCACGAGUUAGUUAGGCUUUGCAUUGGAAUUGUGCGGUGCGGUCACUCGCCGUCGAGAAGGCACGAUGCUGCUGCGCGAUCCCUCGUCCGGUUUCCUCCUCCUCCUCCGACGCCCCCGCCCGAUCGGAGGCCUCCUCCGCCUCUACACUUCCACCGCCGGCGCCUCCGGCGCCGGCGGGAUCUCGUGUCGAGAGCCCCAUUUCAUGUUAGAUUACCUCAUCACGUCGUGUGGGCUCUCCUUCGAUGAGGCGUCAAAGGCCUCCAAAUACCUCUCCCACCUCAAAUCCACAAAGAAGCCGGACUCCGUCCUCAAUUUUUUCAGAUCUCACGGUUUUGACGACACGCAUCUUAGAAAAAUCGUGUCUCGCAAUCCCAGAUGGCUCUGCCGCGAUGUGGAGAAGAUUCUGGCCCCCAAGUUCCGAGCCUUCCAAGAUCUCGGCUUUUCUGGGCCCAUUCUCAUUCAGUUGAUCCUCUCCGAACACCGUUUAAUCGAUCACAGCCUCCACCGCAGCAUCCUGCCCAGAUUCGAGUUCUGGCGGCGCCUCCUUGGCUCCAUGGAUCGCGUCAUGAAGCUCGUCAGGAACAAAAGUUGCUUUCUUGGCACCAACAUCGAGAAGACGGUGAUGCCGAACCUCUCUUUGCUCCAGGAGCGCGGCAUCCCUGACAGCAGGACUGCUGUAUUGCUUCAGAAGAGCCCCAUUCUUAUUCUCCGGAAACCAGCGACAUUGAAAGCAUUGGUGGAGCGGGCUGAGAGGAUGGGGAUACCCCGCAGCUCGAGGAUGUUCUUGUGGGCCCUCUCAGCUGUCGACCGUGUCAGCGAGGCCAAAUUGGAUGCUAAACUACGACUCUUGAAGAGCUUCGGAUGGUCGGAGGUCGAGUUUUAUGCUGCAUUACGCAAAGACCCGACAUUUAUAACAGUUUCUGAUAAAUUAUUGUCUGCCAAAAUGGAAUUUUUUUUGAAAGAAGUCGGAAGGAAGCCAUUGGAGAUUGCCCGCUGUGCAAAGCUCCUGAUGUAUAGCUUGGAGAAGAGGUUGAUUCCUCGCCAUCAGGUCAUGCAGAAGUUGAAGGCAAGAGGGUUGUAUAACGGAGAUUAUAAUCCUUCCAGUGUCAUGAAUAUGUCAGAGAAGAAGUUCAUGCGGAAGUACAUUUUUCUGCACGAGGAGAAGGUUCCGGAGCUACUAGUGAUGUAUAUAGCUCAAAGUGGCAGGGGAGUAGCCCUCUAGUUCAAGGUUUUCUGAUGCAGAAAAAAAGAGUUCCCUUUUAAUGCCCUUUAAAUGAAUUCAAGUAUCACCUUUGACUCCUUAAUGUCUUCUUCUGAACCGGUUUUGUUAAGGUUAUAUGACUAACAUACCAGCUUCUCAAGGAAUGUUGUGUCAUUGUUUGUAUGUGGAAAACAGAGAAUUAGGCAAUGGGAUGGCAGACUCUGAAAAGGUUUUAGGUUUUUUGGGUAAGGAAAAAGGUUCUUAGCUUAACAACUGACUAUUGACUCAAGAUGCCAAUAUAAGCUCCUGUAUUCGAAAUCUAUAUCUUUUUCUCAAAUUUUGGGCAUUUCAGUAUCAGUUUCUCCUAUGAUAUGUCAAAAAGAUUUAUAGUUUAUUGCACAAUUUGUUCAUUCAAAAGAAUGCUUCAUUUGAUGAAUCACAUAACAGCUUCUUAUA